GACCUCCCUUCUUCCAAGCUUACGGACGAUCCAACUGAUAUAGAGCGCAAGAAGAAGGCUCGAUUGAACAGGUUCGGUGCUUCCCCAGACCCGAAAUCAACAGGUUCAGUCACCUCAUCCCUUAAUCAAGAUCGUUUAGCCAAGCGUCUGGCAAGAUUUGGAUCCCUAACCCAGACUUGA